AUGUCUGAGCAAGAUAUUCCUCCAAAGGUAUACAAUGAAUUGAGAAAUGCAUAUAAAUACCACAUAGAUUUAUAUGCUGCAUUGUAUCAGUUAAAAACAAAGAAUGAAGAAGAAUUAAGGUCGAUUUACAACAUGAUCAAGAUAAAUCUGAUUGAUUCAAAGAAAUAUCAACCAAAAAAUAUUAUAGAAGACAUUUUAGGCAUGAUCGAGUAUAAUAACAACUAUACAAAGUCAUACUUAGCUCUUGCAAAAUUCAUAUCUGAUGACUAUCAUAUUAAAGAGAUUAGAAAUAUUUCAGAUGUUUCUAAUUACCUGUUUUAUAAAGAAUAUGGAAUUAAAUUAAACAAAUCUUAUAAUAUCGAGGAUAUUAAUUCAGAAAAUCUAGAUAUUCAUUCAAAAUAUACAAUUCACAGAACAAUUAUGAAUGAUGACAAAGAAAGAUUCGUCUCAUUCAUUGAAAUGGACGAAUUCGAUGAAGAUCAAAAAAUUCAAUGUGGAUUAUACCCGUUCGAUUAUGAAGGAUAUUCAUUACUUGAAUUAUGUUGUUACCAUGGAGCUAUUGAUUGUUUCAAGUUAUUAAGAACGAAAUUUGAAUCAAAAAUAACUAAAAAAUGUUUACAAUUUUCAUUUUUAGGAAGAAGUCCAGAGAUCAUGAGCGAAUGUUUGAAGUACAAAAAACCAAAUAAAGAAUGCAUGGAAUAUGCAAUUAUUUCACAUAACAUUGAUUUUGUUACAUUUUUGAUGGAAGAGUUUAAAUUAGAAAUUAAUUUAAAGCAUUGUGAAAUCUAUAAUAAUCUUGAGUUUACUUUGCUCAAACUAAUGAUUUUAACAAAUGCUUUGUUUAUUCAACGAUAUUUGGUAUUCCAUCCCUUUGCGAGUAUUUCAUUUCACUUGGUGCAAAUAUCAAUGAAAAAGAUGAAAAAGGGCAAACAGCUCUUCAUAGAGCUGCAUCAAAAAAUAGUAAAGAAAUAG